AUGGCGUCUCCCGCCCAGGCAUCACCAUCUGUCUGGGCCCGCCGCCUCUCCCACCCAAACCCCUCGCUCGAGCACAAUGAGCUUGCAGGCUCCAUCCUGCCCUUCCCGCGCGGCUUUCCAAGCAUGUCUGGCCUGCGCAAUGCGCUGUUAGGCUACCUCGGAGAGGCGGAGAACGCCCUUCGUGAACGCCUGGGCAUGGAACCCUUACAGGUCGACGAGCCCAUUCGGCGUGACAGCGUCACGUCGUCACCCUCCCCGUCGUCUGAAGACGAGACAGACGGCGACGGCGACGUGUUCCGCUCGAGCGCAGCUGGGGCGACGACGUCGGCACUGGCCCCGCACCACGAGCUUCGCCGGCGACACCACCCCAACAACACUGCGGCUGCCGCACGUGCCCGCCGCGAUGCAAACUCGCCGCCGCCGCUCCCCGCGACCGACGAGGACCAUGCCAUGCUCGACUACCUGUGCUCUUUGCGUCAAGACGUGCUGGCCUAUGUGCCCACCGGCAUUACCGAGCUCGCACCCAGUCGAGAAUGGCUGCGCGGCCUGCCCAACAGGCUCCACGCCGUCGACCUCGGUUUGGGCCGCGAAGGCGCUUGGCCUGACCCGGUCUCAGAGGCGCACCGCGCAGUUGGCGGCGCUCGCAAACGUGUCAUCGACUUUGUGCACGCUGCUCUUCCGCCAGACGACUGGGCAGGCUGGGAGACGCUCGGAUGGGAGGAGGGAGGUGAGGACGAGUUUGGAGCGUCUUCAUCUUCUUCCCAGAACCGUCGGCUGGGACGCAGGCGAGGAGAAGGGUGGGCCCGCGGCAGUGGAUACCACACAAAGAGCUCGUCUCUGGACGAGCGGUGGUCACCUAUCGAGGACGAAGAGGACGAGCCAGAGUACUUGUUCCCGAACCGUACGCCUGGACCUGCCCACGCCGUUGCCAACUUUCGCUUGCGCCGUUCCAAGAGCUUGGGCGAGCACGACUACAACCCUUCGUUCCUCGACCAGUGGAUCCGCCCAGCUGUCGAGCUUGCUGCGUCAGUUGUCGACGAUGAAGGCGAGGCCGAUGACCAGACCGUCGAGGAGACGCUCAAGCUCAACGCGGCUGCCGCCGCUGCUGCUGCCGACGAGGAACGUGCGCAGGCCAAGGUGCCAAAUGUCCAAGAGGCCCUCGUCCGCAGCUGUGAUGGCUCCAAGCUCAUCACGUUCAACGAUCUCCCCAUGUGGUGGCGUAACAACCAGUACAUUCAUACCGGAUACCGCUUCAUUCCUCUGGGGCGUGGCAAGGGACCCAUUCCGCUCAUCAAGUCGGCGUUCCAGUGGCACAACGAGACCGUCAACAUCCACUCGCACUUUAUCCCCACUUGCUUGAUCCUUGCGCUGGUGAUUCCUUUCUUCAUCUGGCGCACCCCGCUCAAGGACGCCCACUGGGUCGACACGGCCAUGCUCAUCUCGUACCUCCUCGCGGCGGCAUCCUGCCUGUCGUCUUCGGCCGGCUGGCACAUUCUCAGCGGCUGUGCGAGCCACCGCUGGUUUGAGUGGGGUGCCUGUGUCGACUACAUUGGCAUCUCGUGGCUCAUUGCCAUGAGCUUCAACACGGUCGUCUACAAUGCCUACUACUGCUCGCCCAAGACCGUUUGCGCCUACACCGGUGUCAACCUCGCGUUUGGUGCGCUCGGCUCGUACCUGCCCUUCCAGAAAUGGUUCAACCAGCGCAAGAACAAGCACUGGCGUAUCCUCUUCUUCCUCCUCCUCAACGUCGCCAUGGUCGCGCCCAUCGUCCAGCUCUACAUGCAGCACGGCAGCGAGCGCGCCAACGCCUUUGUCUCCCCCUUCUCCCUCUCCGUGGCAACCUACGUGACCGGCCUGCUCUUCUACGCCUUCCACUUUCCCGAGUGCGCCAUGCCAGGCAAGUUUGACACGUGGGGCGCAUCACACAACAUGUGGCACCUGUGUAUCGUCGGCGCCAUCAUCCUCCACUACCGCGCCAUUUUCGUCGUGUACGACGACCGGUGGGGAUACUCCUGUGCCGCGCCAGACGCUGGCACGCCAUUCCCCCAGUGGGUCACCGCGGUUCUCUUUGGGCAAUAG